AUGGAGGUUUCUAUCAGUGUUCCCUCCGGUGUAUUCCUUUCUCCGGGCGUGCGUUUUGUAAAAACUCCGUCGGAAGGUGUUUGCGUUUAUGCUUCUUGCGAUUUAAAGGCCAACACGUUAGUUUUACGUGUUCCUCAUAGAUACCUUGUCAACAAACGAACAUGUCGACAGCUGGUUCCACGAGACGAAUGGACAUCGCAUCAAUUCCUAGCCUGGUGCCUGUGUAAAAAGAAAGAGGUUCUGGAAGAGAUAUCCCCUGGUUAUACCGAACAUCUUCCAGCUAGUUUCUCGUUUCAUCCUCUCACAUGGUGCUGUGAUUCAGAGGAAUGGCAACUUUUGCCAGAUGAGGUCAAAGGCUUGGUUGAAGAAAAACGGCGAUUACUACAAAAAGAUUACGCCGCUGUAUCUACGUUUGAAAAACUAGAGUUUCGAGAGUUUCAACUGGCUUGGUUGUGUGUAAACACACGAUGUUUGUACUAUGAACUGGAAGCCGAUGCAACUAGCGAAGAAAAUAUGACUUUGGCACCAGUUUUUGAAUAUUUUAACCAUUCCAACGAAGCGCAAACGAGCGUUUCUAUCACCUUUCACGGUGUGGAGAUACGCCUCGACAAACCCAUUCGACAGGGAGAGCAAUUGUAUCUGCGUUACGGACCUCAUUCAAAUGAUUUCUUAAUGUCCGAAUACGGAUUUACCAUGCUAAAUAAUACACAAAAUUACCUUCAGUUAGAUCACUAUCUUCCUCUCAGCGUCUUGCAGCGUCAGUUCCUGGACUCUCUUGGAUACCUUGAUGACUACACCUGCAUGGCUGAUGAUUUGUCUUUCCGGACACAAGUGGCCAUUCGUGCCUUACUCAUUCAGCCAGAUACGCGUUUACUGGAUGAAGCGGAUCCAAACGUUCGCAGAUGCAAGUUAUUUGUUAAUGGCUACUACGAUGGUGAAAAGGAACAGCAUGAAGUUGACGAAUUUCUCCAAGCCAGACUACGGCCCCUACAUCAAUUGGUACAAAACGCUUGUAUGGAAAUUAGCAGUUUAUCCAAUUCAACAAUCCCAUGCGCCAAAUCAAACUUGUCCCAACUUUGGUCGGACCGAGCCUGCAUACUUCAAAAGAUUUCCGGGUUUCCAUAA